CAUAUUCUAUUAAUCGAAAAAAGUGUUCUAACCUCAUUUACACGCCAGAAGCUGAGUGCUGUUUCUAUUGACACCUACACAGCUCGUGAAUCUCGGUUUUUUUUUUAAAUUGACAAACACUUAACUGUAGUGGCACUAGUUUUUUGGUGUAUUUUUAACAAACGAUUCAGGGGGAGGAAUGUAUUCCGAAUGGGCAUCGCUAAGUGCCCUGAUACAGCGGGGCUCCGAAGAGUCUCAAAGUGUGUUAGAGAAAUUCUCACCGGUUGCUGGUCGAGAGGUUGCGUUAUCAAUAGUUCGUCAGUUAGCGACAAGUCUGGGUAUAACACAAGCAGCGGAGCCAAGUCCUUUGACCACUGACAAAGAAGUGCAAUGGUGUAUGGAAGUAAUUUGUUUCGGUUUAUCGUUGCCUCUUGCCGAACAUGAUACGGUUCGGGACUGUGUCAACGUUUAUUGUGAAUGGCUUUCGGCGCUUUAUGCCUCACCAAAAAUAUCUGUACCAAGGCCCAUUGUUGAAGACACCAAUUUCUAUGCCAGAAAAAUCAUCAGUCAUUUUCACAACCUUUUUGUUCCCAGAAAAGGCGAGGUCUGGCCAUUUUUAUAUCAGGAUUUAGGAACGGAUACGAUAAAUAGACAAGCAGUACUGUGCCACAGAGUACUUAGAACGUUGCAACAAGUUGCAAGAGGGCCAGCAACUCUUGAUGGUGAAACGUGGGAAAGCUUAUUACUAUUUCUCAUCGGUAUUAAUGAUGCUUUGUUAGCACCUCCAGCCGUGAGAGAGGACGCUGGUGAGCAGCUCUGCGAGAGAGUGCUGGGCGUAUUGUUAGAGGUUUGGCUGGUCGCUUGCGAGCGGAACUUCCCUUCGCCACCACUCUGGCGAACGUUACGAGAAUCGUGUCUCCGCUGGCGUCACAGACUCGCUCUUAUCGAACAAUGGAAUCGGGUCUGUUUAGCGUUAACAGCUAAAUUAUUGCACAUUAUGUACGGGCCGAUGUUCCCUGAAUUAAAAAUAAAUGAGGAGGACGCGCAACUGGUACCAUCUACGAUGUCCGAUGAAGCGGUCGCCCAGGCCUGGUAUCGCCUACUUCGUACAGUCGGUGACCCCGUCGAUCUCUGCAGACCAGCUGUCGUAUCGCAGACUCAAGCUUUCCUACAGUAUGCAAUAGCCAGUCCGAAUGUUGUUGAUCCUUGUCAGCAUCCCUGUUUGCAAGGGCUACCGCAGAUUUUUUUAAAAGCUAUCAAAGGUAUUGCCGGACAGGUCGACGCGUUUUUAGGGGUCUCACAGGCAUGCUGUUGGGAGGAAUGUUGCGCGACCAGUGCCGUACCGGGUUCCGGUCCCGGUGGCACUGGUGGUGUCGGGGCCGACAGGCCUGCUGGCAAGGAUCAGCCUCAGCCUUCCCCUACGCCCCCGACACAACGCAGACUCGCCAAAAGUUUCAGCGUCACACCUUCCGCAGUCACCAAGGGGAUGCCAAAAGCUUCGCUCAUCGGACUGACGACUAGUCGGAUUUCGAACGCCCAACCUGCCGCUGUAGCCAAUUCCGGGCCACCAUCGACGUCCAGUACAACUUCCGUGACCUCGCUCGGGCAAGAUAUUCGGCCUCCAUUGGCUCCAGGCCGUCCAAAAUGCAACAGUAUUUUACAUCUGUUUGGUGAAUGGUUGUUCGAAGCUGCGUUCGUCGGCACGGAUGGAUGGUCCCAGAAUUUGCCACAGCCAUUGGGAGCAUCGAAACGUCCAUCUUCGGUUCUGGUGGACGGUCCAAGUUCACUUCAAGAAACGAUUAGUGCGAUUCCACCAUCGCUGAGCAUAGAUCGCUACGAAUCCGGGCGUGCAGAAGCGAUUGGUGCAUUGUGUCGAAUAUUUUGCGCUAAAAAAACGGGAGAGGAAAUUCUCCCGGUUUACUUGGCUCGAUUUUAUCAAGCCAUGUAUCACGGCCUUAAAGUCGAUGAGUCGAGAGAAUGUGGCGAAACUUUGGCAAGCAUCUUGCUGAAUUCUGUGGACUUGUUUCGACUGGAUCUCGAUGGCAUCGAAGUAUUAGCACCAGCGGUAUUGAAGGCACUCGAAGUCGUGCUGCCAGAGAAAGAUUUGAAAUUAAAAUCGAGUUCUGUAUCGAAAAUCGAAUUGCGAAGAGCUUCAAUUCAUCUACUGAUUUCCAUGUUGGCGUUACCUCUGCACUAUCAGAACCUCGUGAUUCGGGAACUUCCAACGUUGUCGACUGUCCUAAACGCGGAGAAAAAUCAGUUAACAUUUGCAUCACUGAAACCAAGGCUUAUGAAUCUUUUAAUAAAUGCUCUUCAAGUUGAAACGGAUCCGCAAAACACUCAUAUGCUUCUUGGUGGACUUCUACUCAGUGUGCAGGAUUCAGCGGCGGCCGAAGAAGUAGAACAAGUAACACAGCCGGACAUUACUGGUUACAUACCCAAUAGCACACCGACAAACUUAUUGUCUUCCGUCUGCAGCGAUUCGGCCAGUCAAAUAAGCAUUUCCAGUGACCAACGCUCGCUCGGCGAUACGUCUGAUAUUUCGACACUUCAAGAGGAAUGCAUUGCUUUCGACUCAGCGCAUGCUCUUUUCGUCAGAGCCACGUAUCUCGUUUGUCACAGGCUCAUUUCCUCAUGGAAAACCGAUCUCAACAUUUCUCUCGCUGCUCUCGAAAUGCUCUCUGGACUAGCAAGGACUCGCAUCCGUGAAACAGCAGCAAGGCGACUGACAGAUGCUCUUGAAUGCAAACGUGCUGUCAAGUGGCUGUGUGAUUACAUAACUUACCAAUGCUGGCGUCCACCACCGGCUCACUCCAAGGAUCUUCAUUCCUCCAUUGUUGCAGCAUUUGGCUGUUUGACAACUUGGUUGACAGCGCAUCCUCAACUUUUGCAGGACAAGGACUGCUUAACCACGGUACUGGAAGUUGUAGAACUUGGAGUCUCGGGUACGAAAAGUAUAGGGAAACCUGGCGAGCCGAUUAAAAUGAAGGACGAGAAAGCAUUGAAGCCUGCUUCGAUGAGAGUUCGGGAUGCUGCCGAUGCGCUUCUAACGACAAUUUUAGAACAGGUCGGUUAUUUUCCGAGUGCUUGCGGGGCACAAUCUUUGUCUUCGUUGCUCGACGAAGUUUCGUUACUUCGUCAUUGCAAUAGCUGGCCCGGUGGUCGAGUAGGACGACCCGCUGCGGUGGAGCGUUUCCGAUAUUUCGUAGCCGAAAAUGCAACGAUGCUAGCCCUCUUGGAAGAACCCCUUGGCAAUGAUCAAGAUCCUCAGCCAACGGUGACAGUGCUCAUUCGAGGACCUUUUGGUAGACACGUUUGGACAAUGCAACUUCGACACUUGCCGCGACACAGAUCGAGCACUAGAAGCAUCAAUAUGAAUCCUGGAAGGCCUUUGCCACUCGCUGAAGCCACGCCGCGUGUCGAAUACAAACCUCGAUUUUUCCCCGACAAUAUUGACAGAAUUCCACAUUGUAAAGUUGACGAGUCGAUUCCGAGUCUUGAAGCGGUCAUGAACGACACCGAAUCAGUGAAAAACGAACACCAGUUGUUGUCACAAUUUUUGGAAAGGCAAAUAAAGCUCGAAUCAAAAAUAAGUGAGCAACUCAAUGAGGGAUUCGAUCAGAAUGAGAAAAUUGAAGAUUGCGCACCGCCGCAGAUCUGUCAUGAGUUCCAAACAGCGAGGCUAUUCCUGAGUCACUUUGGAUUUUUAAAUCUUGAAGGAAAGAGUAACGAAGAAUCUGUCGCUAGUGGCCUCACCGCUCUCGAUCAAAACGUUCCUGGUUUUUGUACUGACCUUGAAAAUCUCGAUCAUAUCAGCCCGAGAACUUGCGACACUGUCCAUAUUUUUUACGUUAAAGCUGGCCAAAAAAAUCCGAUGGAAAUAGUCUCCAAUGUGCUCCACGAAAACAACGUGUCCUCAAAUUUCCUUGAGUUCCUGAGUUCUCUUGGAUGGCCAGUUUCCGUAUCGGGUCACGCCGGUUGGACUGGCCACGUAUCCACGUCCUGGCGCGUUACUCUGGACCCAAAUGUUCCACAGCCAGCUCGAAAUAAUCACGGUGGAGCUCUUUACAACGGAGAUACUCACGUGCUUUAUUGGGCUGAUGUUAGUUCGGAGAUAGCUUUCGUCGUGCCGGCACACUGUAACCUACCCAGUCAAGUCGUCGAUAAUGUUGAAGAUGUCAGUUACAGCAGCGAUAUUAGUAAUGGACAAAAUUGGUUUGAAAGGAGCAUCAGCGAGUCAGCUGGUUCUCGAACAUCAAUCACCCUGUCGCAAGGGAACUCGCAAGGUCCUCGCACAAUGUCACUGGACCUUGAGAAACAACCUUCGAGCAUUCCGGGCUCGGGACCUCCCAGUGUAUCGAGCACGGAACCUGUCAGACCGAGAAGAACCACGCGGCAUCAUCUUCCGGGCCAAACGGAUACGAGAAUUAUGGUCGUUUGGCUCGAAAGUUUGGAGGAUUAUGCACAGUUCCCAAUUGCUGAUCUUCUCCCCUGCACAAACACCGGUCUCGAAAGCUCCAGGACGUUGCUACCAUCAGACGUCCAAGUGAUUUUUCUUCAAGCUCUUAGCAACGGUUUACUUCGAGUUAGACUACAAGGUCCAGUGUCGAGAAUAAAUUUGGCUACACCCCUCAUUGAUGGAAUGAUCGUUUCGAGGAGAGCCUUGGGUACGAUGGUACGACAAACAGCCUUAAAUAUGGGCCGUCGAAGGAGGCUAGAUAAUGACAGUUAUCAUCCACCCCAUGUGAGAAGACGUCUAAAAAUCCAGGAUAUGGUCCAAAAGUACAAAAGAAAUUUGUCUCAACCUGAAUUGUUGACCUUGUUGUUCGGCAGCACACAAACUUAGGACGCACGAACCGGAACGGAAUUAAUUCCCGUCGUUUUUAAAAAAAAAAAAAAAAACAGAAUCUCGAAACGCUUUUAAUGAUCAAUGAAAUCAGUUGAUACGAUUUUCACGGUAAAAAUUGAACAAUAAUGUGCAUUCGAGCAAAAGAAAUUGUGGAAAAUAUUGAAACAAGAGCCGAGGACGCGCAAUCUUUCACUCUUCUUGAAGCAUGUCUUCAGAGUUUUCUAAAAAUUCACUAAUUUUUAUGUUUUCAUAAAGCCCGAUUAGUGGAGAGCACAAAUUGUCAGGAAUUGUAGAAAGAUUGCGCGGGGAUUAUCGGCAAUAUUUUUUUCUUCAAGCUGAAAAGUCAAAGAAAUUGAAAUAUUUGUGUAUUUUCACUGCAGUUUUGAAAUUUAUAUCGUUCAUAUUUUGUCAUUUUCGCGGAUUGAACCAAUGACCUUUACAUCGUCAUUCCAAAACCCGAUCUUUUUCGUAUAGUAUGCAAAGUUUUUUGUCCUAAAUUCCAGUGUUCUUGUUUUUUAAUAACAAAUCGAAGAGUCUGAUUUUUCAGUGAACUACAUUCAAGUCACAUACGUUCAUAUAAUACACUCGUAAUUUAUGAGAAUUUCCAAUGAUCCUUAUUCAACAAUCCGAAGAACGUAGACUAAUAAGCAAAAGUGAACAAAACGGUUUUUUUUAAAUUGUAGAGUUAUAAAUUUGAUUAAUUGAAUGAGCUGAUAAAGAUGGUAAACGCUAAAAAUAAUUUGUGACAAAGUAGUCGUGGCAAAUUUGUAAAAAAAUUUUCAGCGAAUGGAAUUCCAUUGACUAGUGACGUCGAAUCUCGAAUUGUGUAAAUAAUUAGGGUGGAAUAAUCUGCAUGAAUUUAAAUUUAACCUGCACACGAUCGAAAUCUCUGUGAAAUCUAUUGUAAAUAUUUCGACUGCAACCCUUAUUUUGUCCCUAUAUUGCAAAAAUUGCACUAAUUUCUACGCGGUACGAUGUAUUGCCACACAUUCCCAGACCUAAUACUCAAACUCGAAAGUCCACAUGCACUUUUUUAUGUAUAGAUUACAUGUGUGUUGGUUUCAUCUGCUUCAUUCGAAAGCAGCGCAAUAUUACCUGUUAUGUAAUAGUCUAUUGUAAUUUAUAUUUUAAUAAAUUAUUUCACUAACCAACAA